AUGGUGAAAAAUACUGCGGCUCAUAACAAUGAGCCUAACACUAAGAGUAGCAUGAUCAAUAACAACAAUACUGUUUCAAAUAAGGAAGCUGCACUUUUUUCUCCGAUGCCUGAGUUACAUGAUGGCGACGACCAAGAACAACAUAACUCAAUCAACAACUUUAUUUAUAAUAAAGAUGGUAAAAAUGACAAUAAAAAUAGUAAUAUUACAGUUGAAGAGAUAGAAGAUAUAACAAAUCCAUCUAACGAAUUCAAUAAUAUGUUAUCCCCAUUGCAAUUUCCAGAGGAGAUAUCUUCUAGUCACAAUGGCAAUAAUGAUUUAGUUGAUAGGAAUGUUAGUACAAGUACUCAACUAGUGAGAAGACAGCCUAAUAUAGGAUUAUACCAACCAUAUCUGAGUAAAGAAGGAAAUAAUUAUAUUGGUACUAGUGCAUCAGAUGUGCAUCUCGAUGCCACAUCUAAAGUUUCUAAUCAACCAAAGCGAACUAACAUUAAUAAAGCGAAACCAACAUUUGUCAAUAAAGUGUGGAAUAUGAUAAAUGAUCCUUCUAAUAACCAAUUGAUACAAUGGGCAGAUGAUGGUAAGUCAUUUUUUGUAACAAAUAAAGAAGAUUUAAUACGUGAAAUUUUGCCAAAAUAUUUUAAACAUUCAAAUUUUGCAUCAUUUGUUAGACAAUUGAACAUGUACGGAUGGCAUAAAAUCCAAGACGUGAAAUCUGGUUCUAUUCAGAGUAGCAUCGAAGAUAAAUGGCAAUUUGCUAACGAUUACUUCAUAAGAGGCAGAGAAGAUUUAUUAGAGCAUAUAGUGAGACAAAAAUCUACUCCACUUGCAAAUCAAAAUCCCACCUUUUCAAAUUAUAUAGGUGGUUAUAACAAUUUACUUUUGAGUGAUGUUCCAAAUAAUGAUGCACCAAAUAGUGAUUCCAAUAAUAAUGCUAGUCUGGAUAGAAGUUUAAAGGUUUUACUUACGGAGUUAGAAACAAUAAAAUAUAAUCAAAUGUCGAUAUCUAAAGAUUUAUCAAGAAUAUCCAAGGAUAAUGAAAUGUUGUGGAAAGAAAAUAUGUUAGCGAGAGAUAGACAUAGAAAUCAACAAGAUGCUUUAGAAAAAAUUUUCAGAUUUAUAACUAGUGCUAUUCCAAAUCUUGAUCAAAAAAUGUUAACUGAUAGAAUAAUGAAAACGGACAAUGUAAAUACCGUGAACACCUUGAACAAUUUAGAUGGGAUGCACUCAAACAAUUCUGUAAAUGAUGUUGAAUUUUCUUCUGCGUCUAAUAUAAACUACAAUAUUAAUAAUGAUUACAUCAAAAACCAAACAACUGGACUUAACCAAAUGGGAAAUACGAACAAUAAGCUAGGAGUUGAUGAUGUGUUAAAUUUUCAUAUGGACACUCCCAAGGAGAGUAAUUAUGAUUCUAAUAAGCUUGUACCAAGUGAAGUACCUCCGUAUUCACAGCGGUCUUUAUAUUUAUUGAAGAAUCGAUCGGCAUCUGGUUCACCACAUAACUCUGAUAACAUUAAUGAUAAUAUCAUUCAGGAUAGUUCUAAAUUUAGUACCAAUAAUGACAUAUUAGCCGCAUCUAAUAUUAUUGGAUUUCCACCAACAAACAAUUCUAAUCAGAAUAUGAAUAAUAAUGGAAUACAAAAGAUCAAUAGUCAUGCAAGUUCAUUACAUACAAUUGAAAGUAGUGGUAGAAUAUCCGAAAUCCCUCCUCACGAAGAUGAAGUAGAAGAGAAUAAGAGAAUUAAUGUUGCAACAAAGAAAGCAAUUAAUGAUACUUAUCCCCUUGAUGAUGGUGAAAUGUUUUUAUCACAUCUUCAUAAUAAUAUAAAUGAACAGGAUGCAAGAAUUCAACAUCUAGAGAGUUUAGUAAGCGAUUUAACACCACAUAACUUUGAAAUGCCGGAAUAUUUUUCUAACGAAGAUGUUAAUACAAAUAUUAAUAGCAUUUCCAAUGUGCAAGGAAAUAAUAUCCAUUCCCAUAAAAAUACGAAUGAUCAAGUUGAAACAAAUGCACCAUUAUAUUUCAAUUUUGAUGAUUUAAACACAUCACCAACAAUGGCAACCGAUAAUCAAAACAAAAGGAUAAUCGAAUCAGCGGAUAAUUCACCUCCAUUACUUGAAGUUAAAGAAACAGAUGCAAAAAGACGUAAAUUGUAA